AUGGCUGGCUGCGCCUUUGCUGGUGUCCAGUAUCCUGAGAUUCCGACAGACUUGACUACGCCAUUCCAGCAGCGAUUGGCAGUCUAUGGCCCUGAUGCUGUAUCUGUCGGUUGGAACACCUUUGCACAGCUGAAGCAAAGUUGCGUGCAUUAUGGCUUGUCGGAAAAAAACCUAAACACCAAAGCUUGUUCAUCCUCAUCGACUACCUACGACCCUUCACGAACGUGGUCGAAUGUCGCCAUCCUCACCGGCCUGACCCCAGCGACAACCUACUACUAUAAGAUUGAGUCCACCAACUCGACUGUAGGCCAUUUCCUCAGCCCUCGCACACCAGGUGACAAAACUCCCUUCAAUAUGGAUGUGGUCAUUGACCUGGGUGUUUACGGCAAAGACGGCUACACAAGCAAAAGCGCCAAAAAGGACACCAUUCCAGUCGUUGAGCCAGAACUAAACCACACCACAAUUGGUCGCCUCGCAAAAACAGUAGAUGACUACGAGCUUAUCAUCCACCCUGGAGAUUUUGCAUACGCAGAUGACUGGUAUCUCAAAUUCGCAAACCUGUUCGAUGGCAAAGAAGCAUAUGAGUCCAUUAUCGAGCAAUUCUACGAUCAACUUGCACCAAUCGCAGGACGAAAACUCUACAUGGCCAGCCCAGGAAACCACGAAGCUGUCUGCUCAGAGAUUCCAUACUUGAACGGCCUCUGCCCCAAAGGCCAAAAGAACUUCACCGAGUUCAUGCAUCGAUAUGAGAAAACCAUGCCCCAACCUUUUGUUUCCUCAUCAUCCAACCCGACGGCGCAAAAUCUGGCCCGCAAGGCCCGCGACCUUUCGAACCCACCCUUCUGGUAUUCCUUCGAAUACGGCAUGGCCCACGUCGUUAUGAUCGACACCGAAACAGACUUCCCUAACGCACCAAGUGGUCAAGAUGGCUCUGCCAAGCUGAAUGGCGGACCCUUUGGCGCUCCCGAUCAGCAGAUCGAGUUCCUCAAGGCUGAUCUCGCUUCCGUCGACCGGUCUGUUACGCCCUGGGUGAUUGUGGCCGGACACAGACCGUGGUACUCGACUGGAAGAUCGAAGAACAUCUGUGGUCCCUGCCAAGAGGCGUUUGAGGGCCUGUUCAACCAGUACGGAGUUGACCUUGGUGUUUUUGGUCAUGUGCACAACUCGCAGCGAUUUGCGCCUGUUGUUAAUGGUGUUGCCGAUCCCAACGGUAUGAAUGACCCCAAGGCGCCCAUGUAUAUUGUUACUGGGGGCGCGGGUAAUAUUGAGGGUCUGAGCUCUGUUGGCAGUAAGCCUGCCUAUACGGAGUUUGCGUAUGACGAGGACUAUAGCUACAGUACGAUAAGGUUUUUGGAUGAGCAGCACUUACAGGUUGAUUUUGUGAGGUCUUCUACUGGAGAGAUCGUGGAUUCUAGUACUUUGUUUAAGAAACACGCGACAGAUUUUGUCGAGCAGUGA